AUGUUUUCCCGUCUUUGUUCUACAUCUGGACAUGGCGUCAUAAUAUGGAGACAAAGCAAAAAUUUCUUUUCAACCAUUAAAAGCUCUGCCGUAAGUCAAAAACUAGGAUUUACUUUUCAGUCACUUCGUAGUACACUUGAAGAAGCUGUAACUCAACAUCGCGAAGUUGUAUCUGCUUUUCGCAAAGAACAUGGCAGCAAAAAAGUCGGCGAAGUUACUGUCGAUAUGAUGUAUGGUGGUAUGCGAGGAAUCAAGGGUCUAGUAACUGAAACCUCUGUUCUCGAUCCGGAAGAGGGAAUUAGGUUCCGUGGUUAUACAAUCAAGGACUGUCAAAAAUUACUUCCUAAAGCAGAAGGUGGGAAAGAACCUCUACCUGAAGGCGUAUUCUUCCUUCUUCUUACUGGUCGGAUUCCAUCUGAUGAGCAAGUUAAGGCUAUUUCCAAGGAUUUAAAUGCGCGAGCUUCCUUGCCAAACCAUGUUGCCACCAUGUUAAAGAACUUUCCAAAUACCAUGCAUCCAAUGACUCAGCUUGUUGCGGCGUCGGCUGCUCUUAAUACGGAGUCGAAAUUUGUUGCUGCCUAUAACAAAGGUGUUAAUAAGAACACCUAUUGGGAGUACGUCUAUGAGGACUCUUUGGAUUUGAUCGCCAGACUCCCCAUUAUAGCUGCCACAGUUUACAAUCAUUCGUUCCGUGGCGGAAAGAGUGUUGGGAAGGUUGAUCCGAAUGCAGAUUGGUCACUGAACUUUGCUCGCAUGAUGGGCUUCGAGGAUCCUCUUUUUACUGAGCUUCUUCGUCUAUACUUGACAAUCCAUUGUGAUCAUGAGGGUGGAAACGUUAGUGCUCACACUUGUCAUCUUGUCGGUUCUGCUCUAUCUGAUCCUUAUCUCAGCUUCUCUGCAGCAAUGUGCGGUCUAGCGGGCCCACUUCAUGGUCUUGCUAAUCAAGAGGUUCUUAUGUGGAUUAUGGAUUUGGUUAAGAGCAAGGGUAAAUCGCCUACCGAUGAUGAUGUUAUUCAAUUUGUCAAAGAGACCCUGGAGAGUGGAAGGGUUGUUCCAGGAUUCGGUCACGCUGUGUUGCGUAAGACAGAUCCUCGAUAUAUGUGCCAGCGAGAGUUCGCUCUCAAACACAUGCCGGAUGACCCUCUGGUAAAGAUUGUGGCACAAUGCUUUAAACUUAUUCCUCCUUAUCUCGAUGGCUUGGGUAAAGUUAAGAACCCUUGGCCCAAUGUUGAUGCUCACUCUGGUGUUCUGCUUCAACAUUUUAAAAUGACCGAGAUGAGCUUUUACACGGUUCUCUUCGGUGUAUCUCGAGCUCUCGGUGUAUGCUCUUCGUUGGUCUGGGAUCGAGCCCUUGGUCUUCCUAUUGAACGCCCCAAAUCGAUGAGCACUGACGGACUUCGGGAACUCUUCAAAGCCAAGUAG